CACGUCGUGUGACUUGGUAACGAGGCCGCCAAUUCAAGAUGGUGGUCGCGAAAAGUACCUACUUUGCUUUUGCCGUUGGGCUCUCGUUUGGUAUCUUCGCUACAUAUGUUUUUGUCGAUUAUAACAGCCCUGAAGGCUCCUUUGCUAGAUACAACAGAAAAUCCUCGUAUAAGCCCAGUACAACGACCACAAUUUUCGACGACGACGAUGACGAGGUCCACGAGACCGCUGGGUUGAAAACCCCAAGCAACCAGACUAAAAAACUUCGCAAACUCCCCCCAAUCGACUUCGAUGUAGAUUUGAAUGAUACCCAUCACAAACAGAGCAACAAAGCCAAGAGUUUAUUGAAAAAGGUCCGGGUUUUAUGCUGGGUAAUGACUAGCCCUACCAAUCUACCUGUUAAAGGAAAACCUGUGAAGGAAACAUGGGGAAAAAGAUGUGAUGUCUUGUUGUUUAUGAGCUCAAAAGAGGAUAAAAGCUUCCCAGCGGUGGGGCUUGAUGUCCCAGAGGGUCAUGGCAAGUUGUGGUUCAAGACUCGUGCUGCAUGGCAAUAUGUGAUUGACCAUCAUAUGGACGAUGCGGAUUGGUUUCUCAAGGCGGAUGAUGACACUUAUGUCAUAGUUGAAAACCUCAAGUAUUUGUGUUCAAAAUACGACCCUGAAAAACCACACUUCUUUGGACGCAAGUUUAAGAUGUUUGGAGGAUAUCAUAGUGGUGGCGCAGGUUAUGUCUUUAGCAAGGAGACUUUGCGUAGAUUUGCAAAGCUUCUGAAAGAUGAAAAACGCUGUCCUUUGGAGAGUUUUGCUGAAGAUGUGGAGGUUGGGAGAUGUCUUGCGAAGGAGGGUGUUUCACCUGGUGAUACGAGAGACUCCAGAAUGCGUGAGACUUUUCAUCCAUUUCCCCCUGAGCACCACUUAAUUCCUGGAUUUCUUCCAAAAGAUUUUUGGUAUCACCAAUAUAAUGCCUGGCCAAUAAAGGAUGGUACGCCUGAGUGCUGUGCCGAUCAUGCCAUAACAUUUCAUUAUAUCUCACCAAACAUGAUGUAUCAAAUGGAAUAUUUUGUGUACCAUCUAAGGCCAUAUGGGAUUGAACAUAUAGAUGAGGAACCUAAGAAAUUAGAUGCAAGAAAAAGAAAAAGAAGGACUAUUUCCAGUCAAUUUAUGAUUUAGUAGUAAAAUUAAUCAAGAAAGAACAAAUGAUCAUGUGAGGAUGUUACCAGAAUGUUCAACCACAUCUUACAAAUAAUGAUGUAUCAGAAGGAAUGAUGUGUUUACCAUCUAAAAAUAUGGAAUUGAACAUGAAUCCUAUAAUGCAAGAAGAAGAUAAGGAAGUAUUUCUAGUCAUUUUUAAUUCUAGUCAAUUUAAUAUAUAUAUAUAAAGGAAUUGUGCAUUAAAAAAAGUCGAAUACUUGGUUAUCUAAAUACAGUAACAGCAUUUUUUACUUGAUAGACACAAUAUACAGAACACAAUAUACAGAACAACCAGGCAUAAAAUCUGAUUCAAAUAGAAUAUAUACAUUCAUUAAUCUAAAUUAUAGAUUUUAUAAAGUUAAAUGUGAAAUAAGUAAUUUCUCUUCUAUCAAUCAUAGUAACUAAACUCUCCAGGUUCAAUAUACAGUGUCCCCCUCUUCUGAGAUUGAUUUAGAAAUAUAUUAGAGCCCCUACAGACUUAAUGCAGUAACUGCUUUUCCACAUUUGGUGUCAUGUUUUGAGACACCAAGGUUUAAAAAAUAUAGGAAAUUUAUUAUCGCUUUUAUAUUAAUAGAUGUUCAAAACUAUAUUUUUCUAGCUUUUUCCCUAGAUGUUUUUUUUUUUCAUUAUUCUAAUACUUAUGAUUGUUGAAUACUAGAAAUAUCCUAAAACAUAAGAAUAAUAUACUUCAAAAAUAUUUUUCAUAUUAUCCAAUUAACUGUGAGUCUGUCCCAUAGAAAACUUCCAAAUAAACUUUUUGCUUUAAACACAA